ACCUCUGAAUGCUAUUCCCAGGAAACGCCGACACAGCCGCAGUUGUUGCUGCCGUUCUUUUCACUUUCGUUACCUUUGCACUGAAUUUUAUUUGGUGAUUUGUGUGUUUUUUGAACAGCUAGGAUAUUGUGCCAUCGCAUCGGUGCAGCAAGAUGAUGAAAAUCAGCGGAAUAAACGGGAGCAGAAGCAGCAGAUAAUAAUAGAAGCCCUGUGCUCGUGCGUGUGUUGUGUAUGGGCUGAGUGCCAGUGUAUGUGUGUGUUUUUGCGAAAAAAAACCGGAAAAGCAAAAACACAGACACGAAUGCGGAUGCGGAUGCGAACGUAGAAGCGGAUGCAAAGGCCACUGCGGAUAUUAUCCACAAACACAAAAUGCGAAUCCUGCAGGUGUUUUUGGGCUCGCUGCUCUGCGGCAUCGUCCUGGGCGCCAAUAUAUUGGCAGUUUUUCCCAGUGUCUGGAAAUCCCACUAUCUCUUUGGCCGGAGAUUGCUGCAGGAAUUGGUGGAGAGUCCGGGAAACCACUCCGUGACUUUGAUCAGUCCACAUGCCGCGCAGGAAGACGUGGAUGCGGAAAUACCCAGAAUCAGAGAGCUGCGCAUCGAAGGGCUGCGGGAAAACUGGCUCGACAUGGGAAUGAGUUUCGGGGCCGAAGAAAUGCGAGCGCAAAGUGUGAUGGAAAGGUUCACCCGGCUGAUCUACGCGGGCACCACCAAUGUGGACAUCUUGCUGUCGGAUCCCCAGGUCCGAAAGCUCCUGACAAGCGGCGAAAAGUUCGACUUACUCAUAGUGGACUUGUUCCUAAGCGAUGCUCUGCUAGGCUUGGCCUUCUACUAUGGCAUACCCACCGUUGCCGUCAGUCCCACCGGCGCGAAUUCCUGGCUAAAUAACAUGUUUGGCAAUCCCCAAUCAUCCUCACUGGAUCCCAGCAAUUUCCUACCCUUCACGGAGAGAAUGAACACGAGGCAGCGGAUUCUAAACUCACUAAUGAGCACCUUUGAGCGCCUGACCUACAACUUUUUCCACCUGAUCUCCCAGCAGUCGGUGUACACCAAUCACUUUGAACUGCUCGUAAAGGAGCUGCCGCUUUAUAGAGAUCUGACAAAGAAUCUGAGCUUGGCCUUGAUCAACUCCCAUCCGGGCUUACAUUAUCCUCGUGCAUAUUUGCCCAAUAUGGUGGAGGUGGGCGGCCUCCACUUGAGCCACUCAAAUGACUCCCAUUUGCCAAAGCAUCUUCUGUCGUUCAUGGAAUCCGCUCCUAGUGGGGUUAUCUAUUUUAGCCUGGGCGCCGAUGUGGAAACAGCUCAGCUGCCUCAGGAAAAGUUGGCCAUUAUUCUGGACGUGUUUGGCCACCUGAAGGAGUUCCACUUCUUGCUAAAGUGGGAAAAGGAGGAGUUCACGGCGGACCAGGUGCUGCCGGAAAACGUUAUGAUUGCUGACUGGUGGCCACAGCAGGCAAUUCUUCACCAUCCGCAGGUCAAGAUGUUUGUUAGCAGCUGCGGCCAGUUGAGCGUUUGGGAAUCGAUUAGUGGACAAAAGCCAAUACUUGCCAUACCCAUUCUUGCCGAACAGGAGGUGAUGGCUAAGCGCUUGCAGCGCCAUGGAGUCUCCGUGACCGUUGGCUACGACUCGAUAGCUUACGAUUCCCUGCUCCACGGGAUAAGACAUCUCACCCUGAAUACCAGCUAUGUGGAAAAGUUGGGUCAACUCAAAGAACGACUGAUUACCAGGGACCCCACGCCAGUUGGGAAAGCAGUGCGAAAAAUACAGCUUAUUUUGGAAUCUGGAGGAGCCGACUUUCUAAAAUCCCACGCCAAUACUUUAAACUUUUGGAGAGCUGAAGGUGUGGAUGUUCUGCUUAUAAUAGCAGUGGGCUUUUUUGGAAUUUUAACCAUUCCUUUCCUGGCCAUUUGCUUUAUACUCAGAAAAUCCUACCACAGCCAAGCCGCGCAGGAUCAGCCACCAUACAGAACCAACCUAAAGGUGGUUGGCAGAGUUCAUAGCUAUGGUGACCAGGGAAGUGGUAGAUCUCCCAUGGGAACAGAGUCGCUCAGAAGAACGCGAUCCGCUCAAUCUUUAUCGCCUCGGUCCAGCUCUUCGAGCAUGAGCUCCAACUCACCGACGAGUCCAUCAACGGCGUCCACUACGCCACUGGACCUAACUCCCCCACCUCCGAUUCAGCUGCUCGGACAGGUACCGCCCUUGCAGUUGUACGUGAACCAACAGCGGAUAUACUCAAGCGAUCGCAAGACAUCACAAGAGGAAGCAGAACGAAGGUUUUCAUAACGAUAUAUCUCCCGAUGGAACAUAUUACUAGAACUUACGUUGGUGGAUCACAUAGAAAGGAUGUUCGUCUCGAUUUCAUGUCCUCAUGUUAGGACGCUGUUAACUGGCCUAACAGGAGGACGGGGAAGCAGGACUUGGGAUGGGAAAUUAUUCAUUGGACAAUCUACAAUGAGGACCCAUUAAAGUUGCUCACUGUCAAUGCUUACGUGCUCCAACUAUUAGGUCCUUGAUUGCCCACGGAGUACAUUCCGAUACCAUAAUCCGUGUCACAAACCUAUCCGUAUCCACUAAACCUAUAAACCUAUACAUCAAAAUAUCGUCUAGUGUUAAGUGUGAUUUUUUGUUAAUACAUGUGGUUUUGUAUUUCGAUAAGUUUUAAAAUUUAUAGAGUGUAAAUAUUUUGAAUAUUUGUAUUGUGUGUGAACGAACGUUCAAACUUUGAACAGAGGAUAUUUGUACUGACAAAGUAUAACAAUAAAUUGGGUACUUGAAA